GGUGUGGGCUCAGUCUCCCCCUAGUGUCCUUAUCCCUAACUUUAAUAUCCACAAACCAUCACUCGGCUAGACUCAAUUCAUCACUUGUUCAUAGAGGGGAAUCUUUAUAUACCACUAGGAACAGCAAAGGGGGCUGAGCUAGACUGAGCUGGGCUGGACUGAGCCGGACUGGGCCUGCUGUUAGAUCACCAUGGGGCGGACAGUGAACCUGCUGACUGUGCUGCUGCUGUCAUCCUGUCUACAGGCCAUAGAGGAGGAGGAUAUCAGAGCUGGCUGCAGCACAGCCGUGAAUGACCUGGUGUACAUCCUCGAUGGCUCCUGGAGUGUGGGUUACACAGACUUCGACACGGCUAAGGACUGGCUGGUCAACAUCACCAGUGGCUUCGACAUCAGCUCCCACUACUCCCAGGUGGCAGUGGUCCAGUACAGUGACACCCCUCGUCUGGAGAUCCCGCUGGGCAAACACCAGGGCGGUCCUGACCUCAUCCAGGCCAUCCAGAACAUCAAGUACCUGGGAGGAAACACACAGACGGGCCGCGCCAUCAAGUUCGCCGUGGACCACGUGUUCCCCUCGUCCCGGCGCCUCAGCGCCGUCAAGAACCGCAUCGCCGUGGUGGUGACGGACGGCAAGUCCCAGGACGACGUGGUGGACGCCAGCGUGGAGGCGCGGGCGCAGGGCGUCACCGUGUUCGCCGUGGGUGUGGGCACUGAGAUCACCACGUCGGAGCUGGUGGCCAUCGCCAACAAGCCGGCGCCCGCCUACGUCCUGUACGCUGAGGACUACACCAACAUCGACCGCAUCAGGGAGUCCAUGGAGCAGAAGCUGUGUGAGGAGUCGGUGUGUCCCACGCGUAUCCCGGUGGCGUCUCGUGACGAGAAGGGCUUUGAACUGAUGCUGGGCAUGAACAUCCACCUCAAGGCCAAGAAGAUUCCGGGCUCUCUGGCCUCAGAGGCCGCCUACUCCCUGACCAGCGCCGUGGACAUCACCGAGAACACCAGAGAGAUCUUCCCCGAGGGUCUCCCGCCGUCCUACGUGUUCGUGGCCACGCUCCGUCUGCACGGCGCGGCGGGCCGGCAGCAGCUGGACCUGUGGAGGGUGCUCUCGAAAGACGGCGAGACCCAGGCUGCCGUGACGUUGGACGGCCGGGACAAGACCGUCACCUUCACCACCACCAGCACCUCUCAUCUGGAGCAGACGGUCACUUUCACCGCCCCCGGCUUUGAGGCUCUCUUUGACGGAGGCUGGCACCAGCUGAAGGUGCUCGUGAGGCCGCGCCAGGUCACCGGUUUCCUAGACGACCAGCUGAUCCAGGAAGCGGCGCUGGAGACGGCGGAGCCCAUCUACAUCAACGGGAAGACGCAGAUCGCCAAGAGGAUGGGGACGGAGGCUUCCGGAGCGGUGGAACUUCAGAAACUGCGUCUGUACUGCGACCCCCACCAGAGUGAGAGAGAGACCGCCUGUGAGAUCUACUCUGUGGAUGACGAGAGGUGCCCCCUGAACCGCACAGCUUCUGAGGAGGAGGAGGAGUGUGACUGCUCUACCGCCCCCCCCGGGCCCCCCGGGCCCCCCGGGCCCCCCGGGCCCCCCGGCCCCAUGGGUUUUGGAGGGGAGAAGGGAAGAGCAGGCCCUCCAGGUCCUGACGGUAAGCCUGGGAACCAGGGGGAGUCAGGUGCGUCAGGAGAGCCCGGCUUCCCAGGGGAGAAGGGAGAAUUAGGCCCCCCAGGACUGAGGGGAGAGCCUGGUCUGACGGGCUGGAAGGGAGAGAGGGGGGAGCCAGGGUUACCAGGUCAACAAGGCCCUCCAGGACCCAUGGGUCCUGCAGCCCCACGGCUCAACCUCGGGGCGGCUGUAGGAAUACCCGGGAAAAAGGGACUUCCUGGGGAGAAAGGAGAAGUGGGACUUGCGGGAGAGAUGGGACCAAAGGGGGAACCGGGUCUGCCUGGAAAAGAGGGGCCAAUUGGUCCUUCAGGGCCCAAAGGAGAGAAGGGAGAUGCUGGGCUGAGUGGAACAGAUGGUCUGCAAGGAGUCCCGGGGAUUCGUGGACUUCCUGGACAGGCGGGGACAAGAGGACCUCUGGGGGAGAGAGGCUUGCCUGGACCGAACGGUGCUCUAGGGCCUAAAGGACCUCCGGGCAUGCAGGGCCCUGUAGGAGUGCCUGGUGAGAAUGGACGAGAUGGCCCCAAGGGGAGCUGUGGAGACCAAGGAACAUCUGGUUCAACUGGACUGCCUGGCCAAAAGGGGUCACCGGGUGAUCCGGGGUUUUCAGGGCAACCAGGUUCCAUGGGGCUGCCAGGGUUCAAAGGUCACAAGGGCGAGAGUGGAGAGACGGGGCCUAAAGGAAGCCAGGGGGAGCGGGGAAGUGACGGCGCUCAGGGAACGGCCGGCUUGCCGGGUGAAGUGGGACCCAGAGGAGGAAAAGGAGAGAAAGGCGUCCUGGGAGAGAUGGGUGCCAAAGGGCAUGAUGGGAAGAAAGGGGACGUGGGACACGCCGGCGCCGUCGGGCCGCGGGGAUCCAGCGGCCAAGACGGGUUGCCGGGGCAACCAGGCGUCCCGGGCUACCCGGGGAAGCCGGGGAAGCCGCCUUCGGACGACCACCUGAUGAAGCUCUGUGGAGCCGUGCUGAGGAGCCAGUUGCCCCAGCUGUUGCAGAGCCUGGCCCCCCCCAGCAGCUGUGAGCCCUGCCAGGCAGAGAAGGGAACCCCAGGUCACCCUGGAGCUCCAGGGCCCAAGGGCUCCAACGGCCAGCCUGGAUACCCCGGCAGGACAGGCCUUCAGGGCUACCAGGGCCCCCCCGGCCACCACGGACCCCAAGGCCUCAAAGGUGACAUGGGGCCGCGGGGCUUGAAGGGGACGAGAGGAGAGAGCCGCCCUGGUCCGACAGGGCCCCCUGGACAGCCAGGAGACCAGGGACCUCGUGGCUCGGACGGUGUCGGACGCCCAGGGCCCCAAGGGAUACCCGGGAAGUUCGGUUCUCCGGGCGUUCCCGGUAAACGGGGCUCCCCGGGGCUUCCGGGAGUGUGUGACAUGUCCAUGUGUUACCAAGCCUACGACCACAGGGAGGACCGCUACAGCAAGGGGCCCAACUUCUGAUUGGCUGCCACUCGUACUUGUAGCGGGUCAAAGGUCAACGUUGUGUAACAAAAUAUGGACGGUUUACCUGACACAGGUGGAGACUAGCGUAGAUGUGUUUUCGAGUCUCCUUUAAAUGAAGUUCAAACAUUUUAUACCCUCGACUAUGCUUAACCUGUGUCUGGAACACCAGCCUGUCUUGUCAUGGACUUGGUUGUUUGGUGGGAGAACAGGGGUCCCUUUUUUUACUAGAUUGGUAGAAAUGAGGACUGUCGGGUGUCGUAUUGGUUUGCCGUAACCCUUGAGCCCAGGCUUUUGAGAGGUUUCAGGGUCAAAGGGCAUCAUGUCUAAUGUUUUGGACUCUUCAGGAUGAUCGUUCCUCAAGGAUAAAAUUGAUGUAUUUAUGAUAUUUUUUUCACAUUUUCUUUCCUUUCAUUUUGACCAAGACAAAAUGUUUUGUUAUCCUGUACAUACUGCACUGCCAAUGGUACUGUAACUUGACCUCCAUGUUGGACAUAUCAUUGUGUUAAAUGUUAUAUCAUGACAGGGGUAUUCCUUUAUAAAGUGGUCUUGUGAACCCAGAUAGGGCUGAACAAGGCAACUAAACCUCAGCACCAACUUCAGAGGGGCAGUUUAUGACUUAAGAGAUGUUGAAACUGUCUAUCUAGUCAUCAAUGGGGCAUUGUUCUCUUCUAACAUACUUCUCUAAGUUCAAGUUUUUAUGUUGCAGAAACUAUCUACAUUUUACUCCUCAUGAAGCAUCUCUUGAUUACAUUUUUCACACAUCACCUUGACUUUACUAACGAGUCGCAAGAUAGCUUCACAUUAUGUGGCAUUUCCCCAUUUCCCAUAUCCAAUAACAGUUUAUGUUUGUAAUUCUGCUGUGAAAAGACUACUGGUAAUGAUUAAAUAUACUUUGGUUUCUCUGAAUAGCAUUUUUCUCGUUUGUUUAACUUUCAUAACUGUCAUACCAGAUGUUGUCAAAUUUGAAUAAUUUCUCUUUACUUAACAACUCUUGGUAUGUUAUUUGAUUUCCUUUUAAGAAAUACUGUGCCCUAUUAAUGUUAAUCUUAUCGGUUGAAUGUGGAAAUAAAACACAUGUUCAAAGUGA